AUGGACCGUUUCCUAACCCGAAAGAGGCCACGGCCCAGCUCACCAGUCCCGCAGACGGUAUCACCAUCAGAAUCGCCACUCCCGGAUGAGGACUCAACAGAUGUAAAGUUAGCACUGCUCGUGUCACUUUUCCCGGAGAUUGCACAGGAGACGCUUCUGGACGUUCUCGUCUCAUGUAGCGGAUCCGUGGAAGCCGCCGCAUCUACGAUCCCAGUACAAGCCCCUCCCACUAAGAAGCGGGUGGUACCGGGUACACCAUCUGUACAGACGUCUUUGGCGUCUCUUGUCCUCCAACCAGGCGCAGGGAAAGAGUCACCCAUCAAACGAAAACCACUGACUAAGAAGGGGAAAACCCUGCACCUAUACUCCCCAGAGGAUGUCGCGGCCCACACGCCAUGUACAAUUAUCCACAAUUUCCUUCCAGCAGAGCAGGCGAAUGCACUCCUCUUAGAGCUUCUGGAGGAAUCAAAGUAUUUCUCUAGAUAUAAGUUCCAGCUGUUCGACCGAACAGUUGAGAGUCCUCAUUCAGCUAGCGUAUACGUUUCUACGCCGGAGGAGUACCGCCAGCAUACGUCAGAGUACACGUACGGCGGGACCUACCGGUCAAAUGUGCGUCAGAUCACACCGCAUAUGCAAGCUGUUUCCGCCAAAGUGCAGCACAUUGUGAACAGUGAAGUAAAUCACCGCAUCAAAACCUUCUAUCCCGGUGGAGAAAAGCUCAAGUACCAGUCUCCUAAAGAAUGGAUGCCAAAUGCCGCAUUCGUCAAUUGCUACGAUGGUCCGUCAGAGAGCGUCGGGUAUCACUCGGACGAACUCACUUACCUCGGUCCACGAGCUAUCAUCGGCAGUCUGAGCUUAGGCGUAGAACGAGAAUUCCGCGUUCGACGGAUUGUACCCAGCAAUGAUGAUGAUGAUGAUGAGGGUUCUCAAAGUGAGAAAGAUACGCCUACACCACAAUCUGAGCCGAAGCAGUCACGAGUGGCAUCUGACGUUCGCGCCGAUGCUCAGGGUCAAAUCUCCAUUCAUCUCCCCCAUAACUCUCUGCUAGUUAUGCAUGCCGAAAUGCAAGAAGAGUGGAAACACGCCAUUGCACCUGCCCAAACGGUUUCACCACACCCAUUGUCCGGAAACCGCCGCAUCAAUAUCACUUAUCGCUGGUAUCGCGACUCCCUGCAUCCACGGAACACCCCUCGUUGUCGGUGUGGUAUGCAUGCCAUUCUGCGCUGUGCUCAGCGCAAGCGGCAAACUAGAGGCAGGUAUAUGUGGAUGUGCUAUGGAGGCUUUGCCCCUGGCAAAAAGAGUUGUGGUUUCUUCCAGUGGGCUGAGUUCGAUGACGACGGGGAACCAGUCUGGAAUAAGAAGCAGUCUGAAGAUACUGCGCCUAUCUUGAGAAAUUUUGUACAUGAAUAA